AUGUUUAUCGAACUUCAAAAUUACACUCAAAUGAAGGUCGAUCAAAUUCUUGAGAAGAUUGACAACAGCACUUUGCAUAUAAUAGGCGAAUUAGUCACCAAUGACGAUCUUACCUCCAUGAAAAAAUCCGAAACUAUUUCUUUAAUAACAAAACACUCGACGGAGCUUGGGUUGAUCUCGGUGUUAGAGGACUUAACGGUCUCUUCUCUCUCGACAAUAGUCGACAAAUUGACUAGCGAAACGACGAAGACCAAGUUCAGACAAAAUUUAGAGAGUAAAAUAGUGGAGUAUAUUAAAAAGAAUGGAGCGGAGCACUUCUUGAAGAAGGUCCCCGAAGACAUUCGUGUCGAGAUGUUCUCGCAAGUGACUGACGCAAAGCUCAAAACAGUCAAAGCGAUCCUUGGAGAAGCCACUUUGACUGGGUUUGCUAAUAUUUUGAAUAAGGCUAAUAAGACGACUUUAAAUGAAGUCGUUAACUUCUUUAUAGACGAAAAAGUGAAGAAUAACGGCCCAUUCACUAAAGUCAAAAUCAUCGACUUUUUGAUCGAUGACGAAAAACUCGAGUAA